GGCUGAGCAGGCUCAUGUGAAGCAGAGAGAGUGUCAGACAGCCUCUGAAUGAACUUAGGAGCAGCAAGGGGAGGCAUAGUUAUUAGGAAAUAGAAAAAACAAGACACCAUCGGAACACCAUCGAAUGACUAUCAUUCGAUGGUGAAAAACAUCGGGAGGCCACCAUUUAAUGCUAAAAACACUAACAUCGAAAGGAAAACAUAGAUGGUUCAGAAAGAAACAUCGAUCAUCGAUGUCCAUCCCUACUUCACACUGCACAGAGAGGGAGAUGCACGAGGAGCCUGUCAGCGGGGAGAAGGUCUCACAUGCUACUGUUUGUGGAUGACGUUUGGUAGAUAAUCUGAAGUGAAAGAAGUUCAAUAUGGAGAAAGCGAAUGGUGAAAGUGUUUUAUCUAAGGCAGAAAAGAAAGAAAACCGUAUGUCGUAUUCUGUGGAGACACCGUAUGGUUUUCACCUGGAUCUGGACUUUCUGAAAUACGUCCAUGAUAUUGAAAAAGGGAAUACCAUCAAGAGGAUACACAUCCAAAGAAGAGCGAAACAAUCCAAGUUUAGCACUCUUCCCCGGAACUUUAGUGUACCCGACAAUGGCUCACAGUCUUAUUCUGCAGCAUCUAGCAGAACUUGGAGCCCCAGCAGCUACAGAGCUGACGCGAAGGACAGCCUUGGGAGUGCCGGAAGCGAUUCAGCUCUACGUUUGAGAUACAUCCAUGAGUUAAAUUACAGGAGGAAGGAUAAUAUAUGUGAUGCUCCAUUGAGAGAGUUGACGCCUGAAGAUUUCAGCAGCUGCAGAGACAGGCCACAGUUUGCUCGAACGUCUAGCCUUCCAGCCAGUUUACCACUAAGCACAACGUCUUCGGACCAAAACCAGCAUUUAACAACUCCGCAGUCCAUCGGUGAGAGCAGGCUGGAGUUCUUCAGAGUGCCUGCAAGUUCCCAGCAUGUCCACUCGGAUGGCCAGAUUGCAGCCGCAUUUAAGAGAAUUAAAGAGCUUGAAGAGCAGAUAAAAACGAUUCCAGAACUGCAGCAAACUAUAUCUGCGCUUGAAGGGGAAAACCGUGAGCUGAAUGUUCAAAUCGGAUCCCUUUCCCAACUUCUUGAUAACAGAAAAGAGCAGGAGGCAGCACAUGUGAAGAUUUUGGAAAGUAAGGCCAAAGCGGACGAUGUGAAUAUUGGGAAUGGAGACCAUGAUGCUCAUGAGCAGAUAAGUGUCGCUGAUUUAAGUAACACACAAUCUGAAGCAGUUGAACAGCAGGUAAUAGACUUGACCGAACAACUGGAUGACCGUAUCAGGGAGGUCAACAAUCUCAGGGUAUUGGUGGAGAAUCAACACAAUGAACUGAAGGCUAAGGAUGUUUAUAUUGUGGAUUUGACAAGUACGCUGGAAAAACAUGAGGAAAGGAAAAUAGCUGCAGCAGAUACGCAUUCUAGAGAUGUGGCCAUCAACACGGAAGAACUCCAAGAUGAGGGCAAAAUGCAAAGUUGUGAUAAGAACACCUAUGUCAACCUUUCUGUUGAGACUCGAUCUAUCGGGUGCGGUGUCCUGCCAGGAGAUCUAGAACAACCACCGGACGAGACGACCAUGCCGGAGUCUGACCAGGUUGGUAGGGCCUCAGUAGCGCAUAGUGAUGUGCUGACGGACAACAGCAGUGCAAUGAAAAUAGAGAAAGUUGUGGCGACCAUUGACAAAGAAGAAGGUACUCGUGUGGACAAGACAUUGGAGACUCAAAUCCACCAACCCCAAGUGUGUGAUGAUAAAAAAUGCAAUUAUGACAAAGAUCCUGUGAGUGUCAAAUAUUGCCCCACUGAGCAUCCGCCUCCCACCGAUGCCCCCGUAGGACAGUAUGUAAAACGAAUACAGGACCUUCUUCAGGAGCAGUGGACCUAUUUGGAACACGGAUAUCCAGAUCUGGCCAGCGCCAUUAAACAGCCCGCUUCCAAACUCAGUUCCAUCCAGAAUCAACUGAUGAAUUCCCUUAGUUCGCUGUCUUCCAUGUAUUCCACUCAAACAGCAUCCAAUAGGGAGACUGUAAAGACGGAGAGCCAGCAAGGAGACACCUCCCCCAGAAGCAGCCUGAAAUCCAUUAUGAAGAAGAAGAACAGUGGCUGCCGCUCGAGUCUGGCCAGCGAGGCUCGAGCCAAGAAGAAUCUCCAGUUUGUUGGGGUAAAUGGUGGUUAUGAAACGACAUCUAGUGAGGAUUCAAGCUCCUCGGAGGAAUUCGGAGAAGCAAAUGGUGAGAACACUGCGGUUGCGACAACUUCACAAGAUUGUGACGGUGGUCACACGGACACCACGUCAAAGUCCGGAGACACAGAGGCAGAAUCAGAGGAGACUUCAGGCCCAGCCGUAUCGGAGGCCCAACAGCAUAGAUGUUCAAUGGGGGAUGCGAUUCGCAGCGAAUGUCAAAUACUGAGCCAUCAUCUUGCAGAACUGAGGACCACCACAGAUAACAAACUGAGACAAACGUUAUACACCGUCUGCCAAGAGUGGUUCCGAGUCUCCAGCCAGAAGUCCUCGUCUCCUGAUCUGGUUUCCGUCUAUCUGGAGGAGUUCCGAUCGAUCAGCCCUUCGCUGCUGCAGAUGGUCGUCAAUAUCUCUGAUGAGAACGGCAAUACGGCUCUGCAUUACAGUGUGUCACAUUCCAAUUUUGGGAUCGUUAAACUCUUACUGGAUACAGGAGUGUGUGAUGUGGAUCAUCAGAAUAAAGCCGGAUACACCCCGGUCAUGCUCACACCUCUAGCGUCGGCGGAAACAGAUGAAGAUAUGGAAGUAGUGAGAGCUCUCCUCAGUCUGGGGAACGUCAAUCUUUCCGCUACUCAGGGUGGGCAAACGGCGCUGAUGAUUGGAGUCAGCCACGCCAGGUCGGACAUGGUGAAGGUCCUGCUGGACUGUGGGGCUGACGUGAACCUGACAGACGAGGACGGAGAAUCUGCCCUGAUGAUCGCCUGCCAAAUAGGCAAUCCGGAAAUUGUGAAGCUGCUCGUGUCUCACCCAGACUGUGAUCUAGAGUUAAAGGAUAAGGCCGGGAACUCUGCUUUGUCUAUUGUUGCCAGUUCCGCCCACAGUGAGAUUGCAGAACUUCUACAAGCCCACACAGAGCUCCGGCCUUCCUGCCCGUCCGCUGCCGCAGAAAGAGGAGGCUCAUUGUAAGCAGCGAUGGAGGACAAAGGACUCAUUCUUCCCGGCAGUCAUUCUGGUUAUAGCACAGAGUGAUCAUCAUCCAUCUCAGCAUUCUCUCCAUAUACACCAAGUAUUUAAAAAAUGUGUAUAAGUUUCUGUGCUCAGAUGACGGGGUUCUCGAAUAAUUCAUAUUUAGCAUUCUGACGUUCACUUGUUGUACACGGACUUCUCCAGAGAUGGGAGCCACAAUCAGUAUUACAUAUACAGUGUUUAUAGAAUUGCUCAUUCAGGAGUCUAGAAUGUCACCGAUCCUCCCCCUUGUCCUCAUUCAGAAAGUGACCUUUUGAUGUCAUAGCACAGGUGUGAUGUCACUUCUUCGUCGCGCCAAUUAUAAAUUGCAGGAUAUUAAUUCAGUAUAAUGGAGCCGCAUUAUAUCUGAGACUGGAGCAGGAAUAUUAGUCAUUGUCACCGUGUGUAAAAUAUUGUACGUUAUACUAUUUUUUUAUAGUCUCUCUGAAAAGCACAUCUUAGGGGUGGCGGUCUGGUCUCUGUUACGACAUCGCUCGUCGCUUUUCAUACAUCGCGGAAUUUGCUCUGGUAUAAAGUUUUCAAAGACUGAUGAAAACAAAAGUAAGCACAAAGUAUAAAUUAGCACAAAACGCAUCACUAACCCCUUUCCCCCAUAUUUCCACAUAAGUGUAAAACUAAUUUGCCAUAUUUGUUUGGAUAUUAUUACAUUUUAUUUAUAGUGGUCCGCAGCACCAUACUGUACAUCUGGCAUCAGUAGGACAGUACAGGGUACACAGAACAUUACAGUAGGCACAACAUAAACAGAGCACAGGCAAAAGAUAGCACAAUUCUUAGUACACACUACAGCCGGGAAGCAAUCGGAGCGAGGGAGUAAUCAACAAAGGGUGGAACCUAUCUCCAGCAGUGACGGCACGACUAGCAGGAGUAGAGCUGCUGGUAGAGACGGACGACUAUGAGCGAGAUGAAUUCUGAGCUAAAUGGCCACUGAGUAAGUGAAGACUGUCAUUGAAGGGCUAGAGAAGAGGGCUGAGAGAACAGGAGGGAGGAGGACCCUGCUCUUAGGAGCUUACAAUCUAAGGGAGAGGGGAGACAGAUGACAUGAGGCGUGAGCAUGUGGAUGAGGACCUGAAGGUAGUAAGUAGGUGAGGUAGAGAUGGCCAAGGUAGGUGGGUGGGAGUGCCCAGGGUGUGUGGUGGAAGGGUACGCUUUGAUGAACAGAUGGGUUUUCAGUGCACGUUUGACGCUAUGUAAAGUUGGAGGAAGCCUGAUAGAGCAAGGAGUGCGAUAUCAUUAUAACCGCAGCGGCCACUGAAACCAUUUUUGCCAGUUUCACUAUUUACAUUUGUUUAUUCACUGCCUUUCUUCCUAUUCCUUUAAUUAGGGUCUUUGUAAUAAUGCAUCUUGCUUUUCCCCCGCUGCUUCUGGUGACCGCAACCAGCAUAGAUACCAGAGCCUGUUGCUAGCGGUCAGCGAGGAUGACCGGCAGAGGUUCUGGCAGUCUGUAGGUAAACCAUUGGCUAGAUAAUUGUUCGUAUAUUGCAGAAAGCACGUGGACUGCAUUAGGAAAUGUUUUACCAAUAACGUAAGUGAUUGAGGAACCGUAAGUGAUAUGCAUGACCGUAACACGCACAAAAUACUGACCCGUAAGUCAUUUUUCUAUGUACUUUCUUUACAUUUCAAGUCUACGUCAGCCCCUGUAGUACAGAGCUCCCCCAACCACCCAACCCCCCCUCCACCACCUCACCAGCACUGUGCUGAAUCAUCUACUUGCAUCGACAACCAGGGCAAACAGGACAGGAGAGUCUGUGGUAGAAACUAACAGCCCUGUUCCUAUGGUAGAGAGCCUGGUCUCAGGGGGAUGGGGGUAUUAAGCGUAUAUAAAAACAUACUAUUUGUCUAGAUUAUCCACCAAGUGUGAAAAGUAUUUAAAGGUCUUCAUUACAAGUAUAGGUUUAUACCGAAUGGUUCUUUGAAUCCCUCCGAAAUUAUCCCUUUCACCCUGUGCAAAAUACUCUGUUCCUGACUCUCCCUAACUGACUUACUAUCACAGUAACUUAGGAUGAAGAAAGUACUAAAUGUGAAAGAUAUCGUUAUUUUAUUUCUAAUGAAAUCAUGUAGGCCAGGUAACUGCAUUAGUAGCUCAGGAGGUACAUUAGGAGCAGAGCGAUCUGUGUGGGUGAAAUGGUGAUUUAGAGGCUGCUAGUCCCCCAGCACAAGAGAUUCGCACUCGCCUGAUUGCACAAACAAGCAAUUAUAAUAUUGGUACCUGUAGGGCCGUAUGCCAUAGAGCGUUAGCACAAAUCAUUGCACAUUAACUUGCGACCAUUACAAAGUGAGCACAAAGUAUGGACCAAUUUGCAUUUGCAAAUAGUGUAUUUGAUGUUAGAUGACUGUACAUUAUAUUUUUUUUUAAACCUUAUUAUAGCACAAGGGGUGACUUACUUUGCCCCAGCUUGGUGGAUCUGACUAUGCUUCCAAUACCCAAUCGCUUUAAGGGGGAAAUAAAGGACAGUUUCAUUUGUUUUUCUUCCCAAGGUGAUUGGGGCGUUUAAAUCGAACUCGAAUCAUCCAAACCGGAGACAAAUUGACACCCUUAGAAAAAUCACCCCCUGAGUUUCUUUUGCGCCGGUUUACUCAGAGCACUAUGUUACGCUUGGGCUUAAUGCAAAUAGUUGGUUUCAAAAUGUAAAAAUUGAAGAUUACAGAAACAGUUGUUUAGCAAAUCAGCAACUCUGUGAUCUUUGCUGUGGGAUACAGAGCAAUCUGCCGCAUUUACUGCGAGAACUGGCGGAUUAUACACUGCCUGGCGCGUGGGGAGAUUGUGCCGAUACCUCCCAGCUCUCAGAGUCCGUCUCGCUGUGACGCUUGUGGGUACAAACGUUUCCCGUCUUAUUUUAGCUUAAUUAAAACACAUUUUCCUCUGAGCCAAGACAGAAAUAGACUCAUAAAUGGAGAACAGUCUGUACCCGUUGUGUCAUUUUUAAUAUUUAAUGCAAGAUGAACACUGAAAUAAAAUGGUACAUGAUUUUAUAGGAUUCAUACGUGUAAAAGUCCAAAUGCUGACAGGGGGAACAUCUACCAUGUUCUCAUUUCAUAAGAUUAUUUGCAAAUCCUGGUCAGUAACAUGACUGGGACAGUAGAAAACAUCAUUUAAAAUAAGACUCGUCAUUUCAUAGGUUUUUUUUUUUUUCUUUUUCUUGCUUCAAUGGUACCUGUGCAAAAUAGUCCCUAACCCAGGCAGAUCUUACAUGUAAGCAUUGCUGUUCAAGACCCGUCUAGGGGGUAUAUUUACUAAGGUCAAUUUUGACCGAUUUGAUAUUGAUCUAGAUUGAUGAUGUGUUUCUGAUGCUAAAUUGCACUAACAUUUAUAAAUCCGUAGAACACAAAUUAUCUGUUAGUAAAUGUGCGUUUGAUUUAGAUCGAUGUUUAAUCGAUCAAAAUGACUUUUAGUAAAUUUACCCCUACUAUAGCGUAUAUAAUGCACUUACCUGUCUUGUAGGUUCUGCCAGCUGCAGGGCUCCGGCCGUUGCGAGUCCUCAGUCUACAGGCGAGCCCCCAGCAACGGCGCAAAGCCAACCUCACUGGGUGUGAGCGUAGGAGUGUGAAUUGCUUUUUGCCCUACACUGUUGAAAUAUGAAGAUAUGGCGGUGGGGCAGGUAGACAUCUAGUGGUGCAAUUUAUGAAGACCUAUUUGUGGGAUUAAUUAGUAUCCCCCCCCCGAUGUAUUAUAAGGGUACCGCAGCAGAUGUUUCCAUAGGAGGACAGCGAUAAUGUCAAAUUCAUCACGCUACAAAAAGUUUAGCUUCUCGGAUACGGACUCCCAAUAGCUGCAUCCCCUUUGCAGAGACGAGCUCUGAUUGGUGCCGUGUCAUUUUUUGUUUUGACAUUAUCGCAAUAAUUAGUUUCUCAGAAAGCAGAAUUAACAGGGCUAAAAUGUGAAGAAAUGUAAAUAUGCCCAUUAAUCUCUUUGUUUUUUUAAAAAAAAGAAAAGGCUAAGAAAGUGAACUCUGCAGCAUUGGUAACCGCUGGUUCCUAAUGUAUAGGCUGCAUUGUAUAAUAUAUUGGUUCAGUUAAGAAGCAUGACAGCCUCCGUUGUGUUGAAGACAUAGGUGCUCUAUAGUGAUACUGUAUAUAGAGUGGAGCCAUCUUGUUUCCUAUACAGACUUCUUUCCUGUACAGUAUCUUACCUCCUGUCAUGGCAUGGCCUCCUUUACACCUAUAUCUGAGAAUAUUACAGGAUGUCCUUAUGUUCUUUGCUACUUGCAGGUCACGUCUAGCAGUCCUUGAAAUGCCUGGGUCACGUGCUGGUGUCCGGUAGUAUCACGGUUAUCUUGCGGUAGAAUAUUCAGUGUAUAUAAAUGGCUGCACAUCGGGGACAGUGUAGCUGCAUUGUUGCUCAAAUAUUUGCCUGACGGCAGCUUUGUGAAUGUUCUGUUUAUGUGCUAGUGUGCCAAAUAACAAGGUCAGGGAUGGGGCCACAGGAACCAGAGCCUUGAGGGCCCACCGGCUGGACAAGCCUGGUUUCGCAGAUCAGAAGCUUCCAGAACGUCUGUCUGUAUAUGUGAUAACGGCGCAGGAAUGUUUUUCUAUUCUAGGAAUGUAGAAAGUUUGUGUUUUCCUGCGACAUGAGAUAAGACGUCGCACAGUAUAACGACAGUGUCCGCACACCCACUACGUACUGUAUAUACACUGCGCAUCCAUGUAUGAAGAGAGUUGGGCGUUAUAUUUAGACUGCCGCCAUAUUGUAACUCUUUACUGCCUGCCAAUAUAAUGCACUUACUUUUUUAAUCUUCAUUAUUGUCCGAUUUGUUUUUUCUUCCCCUUUGUGACGUUGUAUAAUUUCCGUCAUUAUCGUCCCACAUGAUAUUCUAUUCGAAUAUUAACAGAUGAUUGGUUCAGAUUGACUCUGGUCUUUUCGCCAAACUAGCGCAAGUUCGGAUUUAUCUCAUUGGCUAUCAAAAGCACGUGACAGCCGGAUAGCCAAUGAGAUGCCAUUUUUGAGUUCCGGACAAAACAGAGUACAUCCAAGCCAAUCAUCUCUAAUUAACAGUCGUCAAAAUAUAGUUUUUAUGUCAAGUAAAUGAGCAAUAAAGUAUAUAUCUUGUCCUUUG